CUGAGAAGCUGAACCCGGACAGGCGAGCGGGCAGGUGGUGUCGCGAGCUUCCCGGGUCUCCGCCCGCCCGCGCCUGCUGCCUGGCUCGCUUUGCUGCCUGCCAGCCUCUGCCGCCGCCCGCCCGGCCGCUCGCUCGCCCCCCAGGCAGGCGCCGCCGCUUUCCCUUUCUGUUCUCUUCUCCGCUUGGAAGCGAAAGGAGGGCGCGCGAGCGAGGAGAGGGAUCCGCAGAGAGGGCGCCUGGAGAGGAAUCAUGGAAGGAGCCUCCUUUGGAGCCGGCAGGGCAGGCGCGGCGGUGGAUCCCUUGGAGUUCCUCCGGCGGCCUCAGACGAUCCUUAGGAUCAUUUCGGGGGUUUUCUCCAUCGUUGUCUUUGGCUCCAUCCUCAACGAGGGUUACGUCAACGAUGGCAGCAGUCCGGUGCUGCGCUGUGUCUACAACAACAACGAUGACGCCUGCAACUAUGGAAUCGCCAUUGGCCUCAUUGCCUUCUUAGCCUGCAGUUUCUUCUUGGUAGUGGACCUCUACUUCCAGCAGAUCAGCAGUGUGAAGGACAGGAAACGCGUUGUCCUCUUUGACCUUGGCUUCUCAGGGUUCUGGUCCUUCCUGUGGUUUGUGGGCUUCUGCUUCCUGGCCAACCAGUGGCAGAGGACGACAUCGAGCAAAGCAGCACAUUACGCAGGUGAUGCGGCCAGGGCGGCCAUUGCCUUCUCGUUUUUCUCCAUCAUCUCCUGGGUUGCCCUGGCCCUCAAGGCGCUCCAAAGAUACCGGCUGGGAACCGACAUGUCCCUGUUCGCCACGGACCAGUUCCCCACCGACCCCAGCGCGGCCUACCCAGGCUACCCCACCGGCAGCGGCGUGGAGAGCACAGAAACCUACCAGAGCCCCCCCUUCUCGGAGACCCUAGACACCAGUCCAAAGGGCUACCAGGUGCCGGCAUAUUGAAGGGCAGGAGGAAGUCCUCUCCCUCCCUCAAGGUUGUAUAGCAAAUGGGAACCCGACCCAGAGAAAUGGGGCAACUUUCCCUUUCAUGGUGCAGUAUAGUCAACUGGUUGGUUGUAAGUGUGUUCUAAAGUACCUUUUCUUUUUUAAAAACAAAAAAAAUUAAUGUGGCAAGUUAACGUAACUGGGUUCAACUUACUCUUAGCUAAUGGUGCAGUGAAUUCUCUACAGUGGUAUUGGUUCUUGUCUUACCUGUCUGAGGAUAUUUUUUGAAUAUUUUUUUUAAAAAAACAACAACAGUGUUCCCUCUAAGCAUGAAACGUUAGGAUGGUUGCUACCAACUCCCAUCUUUGUGAGCCGUCCCUGCGAUCUUGGCUCAUUGUGGCAUUUUUUUCCUGAAUUCGCACACACAAGCUGGCAAUAGCCCAGCCUGUUAAGAGACGUCCCACUCCUUACACAGAUAAGUAGAUGCUUUAUUUUGUGCUUCCGGGGCUUAAUCCAGAAAAUUGCUCCCACUGUCUUCAUCCUAGGAACCUUCCAGGUCAUCCUCUCCUAUUUUUUUAUUCCCUUGCUCUAUAGCCCUAGAAAAAAGGUAGUUUUAAAGCAGCCUUCUUGCCCUCCAGUUGUUUUGGAUUCCAACUCUCAUAAUCCCCAGUGGGAGCUGAAGGGAGUCCAAAACAUCUGGAGGGAACCCAGUUGGGGAAGACUGUUUUCAAAAGGAAUGUGCCAAAUUUAUAACCAAAAAUAAUGGUUGUGUUGAUUUCAUUUGUGUGUGUGUGUGUUAUGUUCUUGGCAUAUUUCCUGUGCUAAAUGAGUGAAAAAACCUUCUGUAUUAGCUGUGUUAGCUUUGCGAUUCUGGUACCGCAGGAAGUUUUUUCCUUUCUUUUCCAAAUGGCUUUGAUGCAAGAAUCAUUUUUGUACACCUUUUACAGAAAAAUUACUGCUCUGGGGUGAGGGUGGGGAAACAGUCACACUGUCAGGCCAUCAGCCUUUAAGAGUCUCCUAGCAGUGGGGAUAUGUAGCAUUCAGUAGCUCAGCUGUCGUCUAAAAAUAGGGCUUGCUAACUGCUAGGGUCCUCAUCAUAUCCUCAUGAGGAGUGUGAUCCAGCCCACCAAUUCUGCCUCUGCCUCAGAGAUGGGGGACACACUUCAAGCAGUCUGGGAAAAGAUGGAAGCGUAAAGGAAGAAAUAUGUCUGUUGAGGGAAUGGCAGCAGGAGUGGAGGCUUCUUGUUACAGGCCAUUUUCGACAUGGUGGGCCUCAAGAUGGCACCCAUAAAUUGGUUUUUCUUAAUAAAAAUUCCACCGCUAUCAGUAUGCGGCCAUUUUGGCAGCCCCUCCACGCCAUCCAUUUAAAAUGGUUGUGUCUGGUAGAGGCCAUUUUUUAAAAAACAGAGUAGAAUAACGUGCACCACAGUAUUUGUUGGGAAUAGUUCCAGCCUUACUCUGUAAAGAAAGUUUGGGCAAAAAGUUUCACUGUGGCAGACAAGAGAAAUCGAAAAGACAGUUGGAAGUCAGAAACUAGAGAGAAAAGGCUAAAUUCCCAUGAAGAUGUAGUAAUGCUUAAGGGUUACAAAGAGAGUGGGCUUAAAAACUAUGAGAAGAUGGGUAAGUGAACUGAAAUAGAACGACGCUGCCUUUUAAAGUGAUUUCAGCAGCAAGAUGUAAAUUAUUUUAUAUUAAGGCGGAUCCCGAUAACCUGCCAUUCUCAUUCAGCUGUAACUCUGGAGAAAUUUGAUCUCUGAAAUCCCACCAUGAAGAUAGGGCCCCAAUCCAGUAAGAGAGAGCUGCAUGUGCAAGGAAGCUUUCGUGGACAUAUACCCUUAACAGUUUGAUAAACAAUAUUUCCGUGGAGGUGGCCAAAUUGGCUGGAACUAAGAGUGUCCCAUUUCAGUCUUUCAGAUUUUACAAUGGAAGGCCAUUAGUCUUGUGGACAAAGACCUAUAUAGGGUUUACACUGAUACAGAGAAUGGUAUUAAUACAGGGUACACAUAGAACUGUAGCAAUAUUUUCCUUAGAGAGAACACUGGCAUUUUAGCAGUAUACAAAAUUGUGUCUAAAUAUUUCUUCGGGGGGGGGGGGGAGGGAGGGCAGACAAACACACACACACACACACACACACACACACACACAAAGUCACAAAAGUAUAAUACAUUUAAAUGUUUCUUUAAAUCGAUUGUAUAUGUGAAAUAAAUGUCUGUUCAGUAAAGUGUAUUUUUUCUAACUAUAAAGAAAUCCAUUCAGAGUAUCCUUGUAUUAAUUGUAAAGAGAAAGAAAGAGAUUACGUUCUGUCUGACUAGUAGAACUGCCUUGGUCAGUAGUGUUAAUGUGUUCUAUAUUACAAUUUUGAAUGUAUGCACCUCAA